AGUGGACACAGCAGAGAUGAAUCAGGAGCCAAGUAGAGAGGGGAGGGGGAGGAGAGCUGACAGAGGCACCAUGACAUAUUCAUUAAAAGUACAGGAACUAAAAGCUAGAAAAUGUGGUGUAAUGUGUAGUUACAUUUAAAACUACAAGUUUCACUUUGUGAGUUGAGUGACAAAAAUAUACAAAAUGUUUGUAGAUACACCUGUGGACAAUUUCUAGAUCUUCAAAUGUUAUUACUUCAACGUCUUUGAAGUUCUUAUUGUGACUCCACAAGUAAUAAAAUAAAAUGCAAUAUUUCUGGGUUAUUUCAAUGUUUUUCCGCUCAUUUGUGUUGUUUGAAGGAUAAAAAAAAAUGUUUUGUCUGUCUGUCAUAGCUGUGAAUCCAUUCAAUCCAAUCCAUCCAUCUAUCUUAUGAACCCGCUGAGUCUCUUUUGAGGUCACCAGGCUGAUGGAGCCUGAUGCAGCCAACAACGGGCAAAGGCGGGAUUCAUCCUGGACAGGACCCCAGUCUGUCACAGGGCCCAUUUUAUCUACUGGUCGUGGAAAUAAGAUUCAAGUGCUAAAUCUGAGCUUUGGUCCUUCAUCUAAACUUAGUUUAGACUUAUAAAAUUGACUUUAAAGUUCAGAUGUCAUCCACUUCAGAGGUCAACCCUUUCAGAGGGAGUCCCUUCCAUGUGAUCCGUUGUUUAUCCAUAGUAGUUGCUAUUAAAAUACAAAGAAAAUGAUCACUGGAAUCAAUUGAAACUGGAUUACAACAUCUGAAAUGAAUCUAAUAUGUUUUUUUCAGCUGUGAAAUUAUGCUUUAUUGAUACAUUGAAUAUAGAAUUGAAUGGAUGGGUUUCUCUAUAUGGACCGGCCUGAACUUUGUUGCUAUGGUAAGUCUAUGGGGUCUAUGGGGUCUAUGGGGUCUAGGUCAGUGUUUGCCCACAUCCUCAGACACGAUGGGAGUGUGUUUCUCCUCGACAACACCCUGCAGAUAAAGGAGGUGUGGUCUGCCAGAGUCCAGAUGAUGAAAGCCCCUCAUGGGGUUGCCAUUUGGAUGAUGAAAGGAUCUGUGUGGCACUGAUAGACUCACUGCAUUGUUGCAUCACUUCUGGCAAGCAAACGUGUUCAGAUCUUAAGAGCUUGACCUGAAAAUAUAAACCUACUGACAGUCACAGAAUUCCACACUCUUGGAUCUACACAAGAGAAAAACUGGUCUUUUCUACCAUGGUAAGGUAUGGCCUCUCACAGGUCAGAAAAUCUGAUCCAAAAUCUGACUAGUGUUUCCGUAGCAAGUACGCCGUUAUGUCAGGGUAAUGAAAAACCUCCAUGAGAUUCUCAUACUUGAUUAGCACAGCGUGAAAUGUUAUUGGUUCAUAUUUCAGCUGAAGUUGAACACAACAACAUCUCAUUAGCUAUUAUCAGGUCAAUAUGAGGUUGUUCUAAAGCAAGACCACUGGCUUAAAAUGUACCUGUUUUUAUUUAGAUUAUUGAUGGUUGUGUUUAGUUUAAAUAGUAAUAAAGUAACAUGUACUCUCACAACCAUUUCAUUUACAUUAGUUUUUACUCAAGGAAAAUAUUUGAGGGCUGAAGGCAACAAAAAAGAGGAGUGUGGAGUGAUGAAAGGUGGUGAAAAAGUGCAAACAGAGAAAGACAAAUGAUGGGAGAAAGGAUAAAGCAAAGAGACAGACAGGCGCUGAGGAGACACCAGAAGAGGAGUGCAGACAGACGUGUGACAGCUUCAGAUCCACAGAGAGAUAGAGGGAAAAGGAGGAGCAUGAGGAGGAGAAGGAGAGGGAGGAGGAGUUGAGGGAGGAGAUAAAAGCGAGGUGGCUGAGCAACAACCCUCAAACUGAGGAGGACAGAGCUGCAGACAGACAGAGGGGAAGCAGAAAGGACAGACUGUUCAAACCUGAAGAGUUCCUGCACAGGAAGACGGGAUGUGAAGCUGCAGAGGACAAAUACCCACCAGAAAUAGCCCAGAGGUCUUGAGAAGAAACAAGAACGGUGCACCAUGGGAACCGCUCGCUUCCUAAAGACCUAAAUAUCCUUAACCUCAACUCUAUCCAAACCCUCCAGCAUGUUGACUAGAUCUGCUCCAGGAAAGAGGGUUGGGGUGAGGGAGCUGCUGAAGCUCCCUUUGCUCCUGGGAAUAAUGAUGUCCAUGAAGAUGGUGGUGGAGGCGCAGGCACCCAGCGAGGAGAACCAGGAGCUCCUAGAGGAUGAUGACACCUUCAGCGCUGAGAUGCUGGAAACGUCGUCCUCAGAAGUGUCCAGACUUUCUCCACUCAAUUCCUGGCUGCUCUUCCGAAAAAACUCCAACAAAGGAGAAAACCGAAGAACCAAAGGUCCCAAGAGAACCUCAAAGCAUGGCCUUCCAGGACCUCCAGGCCCUCCAGGACCUCAGGGACCCCCGGGGUUACCUGCUCCCCUCCUGCCCCAGCAGCAGGAGCUCAUUCAGGAGCUGCGGCUCAAGCUGAGAGACAUGAUGGGUGGGGAGUGUAUGCAGUGUGACCGUCCUCUUCGGGUCUCCACCUCCUUCUCCAGUCGCCUCAUGCAGCCCCUCAGCGUCCCACGCCGCAGCCUGCAAGAGCUGCACCCCUUCAGCAGGCCGUCAGACUCUGAGCAGAACCUUCAGAGGGGUCCGAGCUUUGACAGCAGCACCGGCAGGUACACGGCGCCCGUCUCUGGCUUCUACCAGUUGACUGCCAGCAUCCUCAUAGAGUCGGGGGACCGUCUGCAGGUCCGGCUCAGAGAUAGUGUGAGAGCGGCAAUCUGCAUCGAGUCUCUGUGUAAAAGCAAUCUCUCUGUAGAGUCAGUAAUGGCUGUAGCUGCUGCUGGAGGAACAUCCAGCGUCUUACUGACAGGAACCCUCUACUUGCAGGCCGGGGAGUACGUGUCUGUGUUUGUGGACAACGGCACAGGCUCGGCCAUCAGCGUACUGCAGGACUCACUGUUCUCUGGGAUUCUGCUGGGAGUCUGAUCCGAAGUUUCUGAUCGACAGCUGGUUCUGGAUCGACCCGCUUCAGUCUGGAUUGCAAAAACUAAAAGGGCUCUGAAGAACAGAAUCAGAUCAGAACUCUUGGAUCCACAAAGAAGCUUUCAAAACUCGUCUUUAUGAUUUUUUUUAAUGAAUAUUUAUUGCCAAUAAAACCUUUGUACCCUCUGUCACGGGUCAGCGCA